AUGCCGUUCAUUCCUCAGCUCAAACCAAAUCUUCUUCCAAUCAAAACACUUUCAACACACCCACCUCUUCAAAACAUUCAAAGACCAACUCAACCCACCCAUCUCUUCUCAACCACAUCGAUCAAUCCAAUCAAACUAGUCAAAACUCGAGCGAUUCCAAACAAUAGAAAAACAAGUGGAAGAACUUAUCCAAUUAGAAAACAAUUCAUCUUUGAAAACUAUAGAAACUUAUUUACAAAACAUAAAUUAAAUUUAUUUUUUAGACACCAAAACUUAACACCAAAAGAAUGGAAUUCGAUCCGAGGUGAACUUUCAAAACUAUCAAAUCAACAAGACACUCAAUCAAAUCCAUCAAAAUUAAAAUUACAAGUCAUUCGAACAAGAAUGAUUUCACCUGUUUUAAAAUCAUUAACCAAAGAUUCCAAAACCAAUAAUCCAAGUUUACUAAAAUCUUUUUCUUCUCAUCUAAAUGGUAAUUUAGUUUGUUUAAGUCAAGAUGAAUUUAAUCCUACUAUCAUUCAAUCUGCCUUAAAGAUUUUAUCAAAACAUGCUUCUAUACCUACUCAAUCACAAAUCAAUCAAAUCUCAAAACUUAAAUCAAAUCAAACUUCAAUCGUGAUUGAUCGAUUACCAUUUGUGAUAGGAAUCAUAGAAGAUAAAGUCGAAACUGAAAAAUCUAGAGUAGAGGAACUUAGUCGAUUACCUAGCUUGGAUGUUUUAAGACAGCAAAUCCUGGCUUUGAUCAGUAGUCCUGGUUCGCGUGUGGUGGGAACUCUUAAUCAGGCUCGGGGUGAGGUUGUGGUACGGACUGUAGAUGGCUAUCGGGCGACACUAGAAAAACAAGAACAAGGACCUCCCGCAUCAUAA